AUGACGAUUUAUAAAAUGCUUAAGAUUUUCUUAUUAGUUAUUUCAUCAAUUUUGAUAGCUAAUGCCCAAUUACAGAUUGAACAUGCCCAAUUACAGAUUGAGCAUGCCCAAGUACAGAUUGAGCCUAAGCUUGUUAACAAAAAUGUAGAACGAUCUAUUGACUUGACAUCCCAGUUGGUUAAAAUUACAGCAACGAUAACCUUAGAAAAUAUUGGAACUUCGCCGAUUUCCAAUUACCUUGUAGUUCUUGAGCCAGCAACUGAAGGUAAUCUCUCAUUUAUAUCAGCAAAAGAUGCUCUCAAAGAAGAUUUGAAAAUAAAACCUGUGGUUGUAAAUAGUCACAAGGACAAAGUUUUCUACAAUCUUGCAUUGAAACAGCCUGUCGGAGCAUCUAGAACUGCUACAAUAAUUUUAGAGUGUGUAUUCACCGGAGCUGUAGAACCAUAUCCCCAUGAAAUUGCACAAAAAGACAAACAGCUUGUGAGGUACUACGGAAGCCAUUAUUUUUACACCCCUUAUAAAACAACUAAGCAGACGACUACUGUCACCUUGAGUUCAAGAAACAUCGAGAACUUUACCAAAUUGAAGCCAGUAUCUCAGUCUGAGACUGCUAUAAAUUAUGGUCCUUACACUGAUAUAACACCUUUCAGUUUGGAUGUAAUGAAUAUUCAUUAUGAAAACAAUUCACCCUUCUUGACAGUUACACGUUUACAAAGAUUGAUCGAAAUUUCACACUGGGGAAACAUAGCUGUUGAGGAAAAUAUUGAUAUUAUCCACAGUGGUGCAACUUUAAAGGGACCUUUUUCUAGAUAUGAUUAUCAAAGAGAUACAAGCAGUAAUCACCAUAGUAUCAAAUCCUACAAAACAAUUUUACCAGCAGCAGCAUAUAAUAUUUACUAUAGAGAUAGUAAUGGAAAUAUAUCAACAUCAACAGUUCGUACAAAAAAAGAUUGGAUAGAAUUAGAAUUGAGACCAAGGUUUCCUCUGUUCGGAGGUUGGAGAAGUUCAUACACUUUAGGAUAUAAUGUUCCAAGUUAUCAAUAUUUGUACAAAAAGGGUGGAAAUGAAUAUGUACUUUCUAUGAGACUUUUGGAUCACAUAUAUGAUGAUAUGUAUGUCGAGGAGCUUGAAACCAAUGUGGUACUUCCUGUUGGUGUGAAGAAUGUCAAAUUAUCUACCCCUUAUGAAGUUCAACGUUUGGAAGAUGGCAAAACUUACAAAUAUUUAGAUAAUCUGGGUCGUGUGGUAAUACGCUUGAAGAAAACUAAUCUUGUAGAGCAACACAUACAAGAUUUGGAAAUAACAUAUGAGUGGGACACAAUCCUUCUUAUACAUGAGCCUAUUUUAUUAGCACUAGCACUAUUUGUUUUGUUCAUUAUUGUUAUAAUCUAUGUGAGACUGGACUUUUCUAUCAAUAAGUCUGAGAAGAAAGAAUAAUCAAUAUUCUAUAUAUAUUUUUUCAGAGUGACUGAAGUUGUAUAAAUUUUUUCAUAAAUUGGCUUUCGAUAAAAGUAAGUUUUUUGAACCAACCCUGAAUUCAGACAUCCAAAAUGUUGUUUUAUUGUUCUGAUUGAAAAUGCUCUCAUACUUUUAUCAAAUGUUUGAGAUACAUAUGCACAAUCCAACAGAAGAAAAUUUUGGCUAACAGUAUUUUCUUUAAUGAAUUUAGUUAUAGUCAAUUUUGUACUGAUUAAUCAGAAUAUAUUGAGCAUUUAAUAUGAAUAAAUCAGAAUAUAUAUUUAAUAACUUAUGGCAAACCAUACACUUGUAACAAAAUAUUUAGUGUAAUUUAAAUACAUUAUUUCCUUUUAAAUAUUAUUGUUGUCCCCAGUGUAGUGCACCUGUUGUAAGAGACCAUAGUUUCCAUUGAUAAAUGUCACAUUUAUUUGUUAUUCCAUGCCUUCUAAUGUAUUUCCUGAUUCAGUUAAUGUCAAUAAAUUCUAUAUCUCUUCA